GCUUUUGCAAAGUCCCUCCGAGCGACACGUGUCCCCGACGUCGAUACUGCCUCGAGGUCUAUUUCAAAUACGUCAUCUCGGCCCAAAGGGAAAACACUUAGAAAAUUUCCCCCCCGAAAGAAGGUGAAGCCAAGGAAGGACAUUUCCCCUGAGGGGUAA